AUGGCAAAGAAUUCAAAGCUGAGCUUGGCCAGUGCAUCAGAUGAAAACUACACUUUCUGCUGGAGAAUCUUCUGUGCAUGGGAUUAUCUCAUUGGGAAUCCGGAGGCUGCUGAGAGCAAAGCCGCUGCCAUAGUAAAUAGCAUUAGAGAAGCAAUAUUGGAAGAGCAGGAAAAGCGAAAAAGCAACAAUUUGGCAGUUGCAAUAAGUCUCCGCAUUCUUGCCAACAUCUUAGUUCUGUUGUCUCUGGCCGGCAGCAUUUACGUGAUCUACUUUGUGGUAGACAGAUCACAAAGACUGGAACGUACAAAAAUAGAGCUAACACUUUGGGAAAAAAAUGAGGUGAGCGUUGUGGUUUCACUCAUAACUAUGAUUGCUCCUUCAGCAUUUGAGCUUGUAGCUACCUUGGAAAUGUAUCAUCCGAGAACAACACUGAGAUUCCAGUUGGCAAGGGUUCUGGUUUUGUAUCUAGGGAAUCUGUACAGUUUAAUCAUUGCCCUACUGGACAAAGUCAACAGCAUGAACCUCUGUCAAUUGGCUACAAAGAAUAAUAGUAGUAAUGGCACAUUAAUGGACGCUGCCCCACUCUAUGCCACCACAGCAGUCACCGUGUUCUCUACAGCAACUCCUGCUAUAGGAAUGGACAUAAACUCUACCGUUAUUGUAGAAUUUGAGCAGAACAUGACUAAGCCUUUGGCACUCGUUGACAACCAGACAACACCCUGGGUUAUACCAAGCAUCCGACCACAGAAGAAUGAAUGCUGGGAAACCUAUGUAGGGCAGGAGAUGCUGAAGCUUUCCAUUAUUGAUAUGAUUUUCACAGUGGCCAGUAUCCUCCUUAUCGACUUCUUUCGCGGCCUGUUUGUAAGGUAUCUGAGUGGCUGCUGCUGCUGGGACCUUGAAAGCAAAUUUCCAGAAUAUGGAGAAUUCAAAAUAGCUGAGAAUGUUCUGCAUCUGGUCUACAAUCAAGGAAUGAUUUGGAUGGGAGCAUUUUUUUCACCGUGCUUGCCGGCUUUCAACGUUUUCAAAUUGAUAGGCCUGAUGUAUUUGAGAAGCUGGGCAGUGCUGACAUGCAAUGUUCCACAUCAGCAGGUUUUCCGAGCUUCAAGGUCUAACAACUUCUACCUGGCUAUGCUCCUCUUCAUGCUUUUCCUGUGCAUGCUGCCGACUGUUUUUGCUAUAGUAAGGUAUAAGCCAUCCAUAAACUGUGGACCAUUCAGUGGACAAGAGAAGAUUUAUGACAUCAUUUCAGAAACCAUUGAAACAGAUUUCCCAGCUUGGUUCAACAAGGUCAUGAGCUAUGUCAGUAGCCCUGUCGUGGUGGUUCCAGCUCUGCUCCUUCUCUUCAUGUUGAUUUAUUACCUUCAAAGCAUUGCAAGGUCAUUAAAAUUCACCAAUAAUCAGCUAAGAGCACAGAUCCAAACUGAAAGGACGGAAGACAAGAAAAAAGUGUUUCAAUUGGCUGUAGGUCAAACGUUUCUUGUAAUUGAUGACCAAGUUUGCGCACAUUUUAGGAGGAAUAGGGAAGGAGCCCGGUUUCAGAACAAGGAUGGACUUGACAAAAAACGAGAACAACAAGACAGUGACAUAGUCAGCCAAGAGUCAUCUGUACACUCUUCAACUCCAAGAAAGAAUGGCAGUGUGGUAAACUUUGAAUCCCCUGGCAGCAAACACAGUCGAAUACAGACCAUCACUCAAUCUGCCCCACGAGUCAUUGUUCCCCAAAUCCCAAAUGUAAACCUGAGCCCUUCUGCAUCUAGAGUAAAACAGCAGAGGGCGGAGAACAUUUCCAGCAGGCCACCUACUGUAAAACUGGGAAGUUCAAAUGAUAUCUGCAGAACCAAGAACUACAAUCCAGUAGUGCCUAAGAAGCAAACUGAAGAUGCCCUAUCAGAACCUUUGUUCAGAAAAGGAAUCAGGCGUGUAACACCUGAGCAUCAUGGAUCCAGUGUCCCAAAUGUUGUGUCCCACCGUCCACACACAAGGUAUUUUAUUGUUAAUGAACAUGAGUCUCGAAAGAAGCUCCUACGCUCAACAUCUAGGCUUCCAAGACACUUCCGAAUGGAUGAGUCUGGGGAUAUAGUGGAGUUAUACCCAAGGAAUGUCAGGAGGUAUCUUCUUCAAACUCCAAGAAGAUCCUACUCACCGCACCUCAGUGAGGAAGAAGAUGAUGAACUUCAGAGAGAUUUAAUCAGCAGAUCCGCCCGGCCUCGUUCCUUAUCAGAUCUUCGCCAUCCUUCUCGCUUUUACAUUGGUGAUCGAACAGAUGGUCAUAUUCUAUCAGGAAGAGACUCAGCAAGAAUACAGUAUAAAUCCUGGGAAGGAGGAUUCCCGAUUGACUCUGAUAAACCACCACAUCAUCGCAAAAAGCUAAAUAUGAGGAACUAUGAUGUUGAUGAACACUUUGUGGAACGCAAUAGAAAAGUAAAAUCAAAGCACAAACCUGAACAUGGUCUUACAGAGUCUGACUCAGUAUCUAAUGCAUCUAGCAGUGACCAGCAAAACAGCAGCACUGACCAAUACAUCCAAGUCAUCCAUAGUAAGGACAAAUACGUGAAAACUAGUGGCAAGAUAGCUAAAAAGAAGUCAAAAGCAAGUGCAAACCUAAAUCCCUCUGCAUUUAAUGAACUCGUUUGUUCAAAUGUCUAG